AGGAGGAGGAGGAGGAGAGACGCUCUCUCUCCGCAGCUGAGGAUGAGGAUGAUGAAGAUGAUGGUGACCCAGCCCACUCAACUGACACACAGACCGAACUGAGUCGCUGUCCUGCGCGCACCGUGUCUGCGGCUCCGUGCGCGGUCAUGUGAGCCUGAGGAUGCGAGGGCGGUUCUGCUGCUGGUGCUGAUCCGGAUGCUGCAGGAUUCCAGACGUGGACGGCCCGUCAUGGGUGUCGACUGAGCGCGGGAUUCUGGCUCCUCGGAACCGUAACGCGCUGCUGAGGCUUCAUCGCCGUCAUUGUUCGGAUCAUGAUUCUGCCGCCGUGGACGUGGAUCGUGUUACUGACCCACUACCAUGUGGUUCUGUGCGCCAGGAACCCCCAAGUGCGGUCUAAAGAGGCGAGCGAGCUCCGAACUCUCCACGGCUCGCACCAAAACAGAGCCCGGGAAGGCGCGCCGUCUCUCGGUUAUGCCACAGGUGAGUCCCCUGCGGAGGGGAGGUGGGGGGCUGCCAGAGGAGGCCAGAACGCCUCACAUCCGUGGAGAAGGGGGGGGACGGAGGAGACCCGGCUAUUCGGACACAGCAAACACGACUGGAACCGGUCAGCGACGCCCCCGGAGAGUCCUCGCGCUGAGGCGCCCCACAGGAACAAGAGGCUGAAGUUGAGUAGCGUCACACCAGCAGGUGGCGUCCACAAUGCCGCUUCAAUGGCGGAGCGGGGGACUUGGGGGGGCAGAGAGGGGCCCGAGAACCAAGAUUAUAAGAAGGGGACAAAAGAGGCCGCUAAGAAAGCAGGGAAGAGGGGGAGACUCCGCUCUAACAAAGGGGCACUAGCCCCACCUCACGUGUCACCAUGGGAACCUCUCCCGAAACCAGUGGCCCUUACCUCCACCGAGCUGCCCUUUGACCUCUUCACCCGAAGACCUGACUUCUUCACCUACCGUGAGGAGAACCCUUGGGACGCCACGCCAAUCACCCCACCCAGCUCCCAGGACUUUGGUGAGGAGCUGAAGAACCCCUUCUACCCAGUGACCAGUGAAACCUACGCCGCCUACGCCAUCACCUGUGUGUCUGGUGUGAUCUUCCUGGUGGGAGUCGCCGGCAACAUCGCCAUCCUCUGCAUCGUGUGUCAGAACUACUACAUGAAGAGCAUCUCCAACUCGCUGCUGGCCAACCUGGCUGUCUGGGACUUCGGCCUGAUUCUGUUCUGCCUGCCCAUGGUGGUCUUCCACCAGCUGACCAAAUCCUGGCUCUUGGGAGAGUUCACCUGCCGGGUCGUGCCCUACAUGGAGGUGGCAUCUCUGGGCGUGACGACCUUCACAUUAUGUGCCCUCUGCAUUGACCGCUUCCGUGCAGCCACCAACGUGCAGAUGUACUACGAGAUGAUUGAGAACUGCACGUCCACCACAGCCAAGCUGGCAGUCAUCUGGUUUGGGGCUCUGCUGCUGGCUCUCCCAGAACUGCUGAUCCGUCAGCUGGUUAGCGAGGACCUGGGCAUCUCGGACGAGCCCCCGGCAGAGCGCUGCAUCAUACGCAUUUCCACGUCACUCCCCGACAUGCUAUACGUGCUGGGCCUGACCUACGAGGGCGCUCGGAUCUGGUGGUGCUUCGGCUGCUACUUCUGCCUGCCGACGCUCUUCACCAUUGGCUGCUCGCUGGUAACCGCCAGGAAGAUCCGACAUGCAGAGCAGGCGAGCGUUCGGAGCAACAAGAAGCAGAUUCGACUAGAGAGCCAGAUGAACUGUACGGUGGUGGCGCUGGCCAUCGUCUACGGUGCUUGCGUGGUGCCUGAGAACAUCUGCAACAUCGUGUCGGCAUACAUGGCAGCCGGGGUUCCGGAGCACACCAUGUCGGUGCUCCACCUCCUCUCCCAGCUUCUGCUCUUCUGCCGAGCGGCCGUCACGCCGGUGCUGCUCCUGCUGCUGUGCCGGCCGCUGGGCCGGGCCUUCCUGGACUGCUGCUGCUGCUGCUGUGGCCACGCUCCUUCUUCCACCACUGCGAGCGAUGACAACGAGCAUGAAUGCACCACCGAGCUGGAACUGUCGCCGUUCAGCACCAUCCGCAGGGAGCUGAGCAACUACACACCGGCAGGGUCCCACUGCUGACUGGCUUGUCCAGGAUGCCCGUUAUGACUUUGGCCUUAAGUGAUGCUGCAUGACACACAGAAUCGGUCCAAAAUCUUCAACCUUCAAUCUGUAAAGAACUGAGAGCCUGUGGCGUUUCUCAUCACCAACUGACUGUUCCAACAGUCAGGUGGUGACUGGUUCUGUCCGUCUUGGUCUGUUGUUCCAGAAGCAUGGCUGCUGUCAUGGGAGUCUUGAAACACAUUCUGUUCAGCUGCGCAACACUGCGCAGACCAGUCACGUUGUUCAGGUACUAACCAUGAAGCUCUGACCUCUUGUCAAAUUAUAGCAGGUCCUGGAUGGAGACUGGUCUUGAAAAGUAGAACACCACCAGCAUCUCAGAGCCAGGGAUACAUUGGGUCAGAAGUGCUGUGGUGAUAUUGUGUAACCUAAACCCCCAUGAUCAAGUUGUUGCUGUAAUGUUGGAAACAAGGCAGAGUUGGCCAGUGUCAGUCCGUCUGGUGAAAGAAUUGUUCUUGGCAUGGUCAUGUUUGACAGUCCAGCAUUACAGCGUGGUCCAACAUCACGAUGAGGGUUCAAGGCCGUGAUGAAACCAUAUAUCCAGGAGGGCCGCCCAGAACUGACACACACCUGUCCCGCAAUAUGACUGAUGUCAUCAGGAGGAUGGCAGAACCGCUCCCAAGACUUCAUAUGACUUUAGAGACACACAACACGGGACCAAAUCUGAGUCGUCUGUCAGUGCCAUGUGAUCGCUGAAUCCCGUUACUGCCAACAAAAGUUGACACUUUUAACUUCCGACCUCAUGUUCCUGAGGGACAGGCGGACCACCAGGUGGCGCCGCUGGGCUGGACUCAGCAGAAAGAAAGUGUGCACUACAGGCCAUCGCGGCUGUGUAUAUACAUAUGAUCGCAUAUGUCUGUCUUUGGUGCUUCACUGAUCGACGCUGUGAACCUCUUCACCUCCACUGAGACACCCAAAAAUAUCCUCACUGUUGCCAUGACGACGGCUCUCCGAUGCUGCUCUGAUUGUGACGUCCCAGUCGUCAUGGCAACAAGAUUCUGGACAUCGUACCAAAAAUAUGGUCUCGCUGUCAAUUUCAAAGUUCAUGUGCCAAAGAGACGAUGGCAUCAUCAGGAUGAUGUCAUGACUAAGAUCACCACAGACAAUCACGGCAACCCCACAAUGAAAACCGAUGGCGCUGAAGGUCCAACAUCACGAACAUCAUGUUUCAUUGGGUGUUGUCCUACCUUGUCUUCCUUCCAAGACAAGUUUACAGACGUCAAUUUUAAGGUGACAAGUCAGGAGAGGCGACGAGGUCACAGCGUCCACACCAGUUCUUGUACUGUUCCAGGACCGGCCCAUGUGAGUGGCGGUCCAGGUUUGUUGUGAGGUGGAGGUCUACUGUACAUACCACUGCACUGCCAAACACCGUUCCUGUCUGUCUAUUGUGCUGUCGUGGUGCUCGCACACGCACUUCCUGUCAGAAGGGGGGCGCUCUGUGUGCCAUCCUGUGAGUGGAACCUUGUAAUUCUUCUUCUUCUUGACUUCUGACAACCGUGUUUGAUAUCCGCAGAUGUACUGCGCAGCCACUGUCGUCUUGAUCGCUGCUUUCUAACCUGCUUUUUAUAUUCCAGCGUUUGUCACGUUUAUCUGCCGAUUAAAACUCUCAGUGUUCA